AUGCCUGCUAUUGUUGAUGGUCCUUACGGAGGUGUAGACUUUAAGGAGUUAGCUCGUUACGAUAAGGUGCUCCUCAUGUCUAGCGGUGCAGGCAUCGCAGCUCAUCUGUAUAUGACUCGCCAUCUACUCCUAGCUCACAACCAACAAACAGCACGCGUGAGAAGGCUUACUCUCCUAUGGUUUCUUGAAAUGCCAGAUCAAAUGCAAUGGGUAAAGGAGUUUCUUCAUGCACUUAAUCAUCUAGAUCAUCGACAGAUUCUGACUAUAUACUUAUUAUGUCCUAAUGAAACAGAUGGGGCGGCAGAAGGUGGAUUUCAUGACUCCAAAAUUACUGAAGCGAGAAUGUUUCCUAUAUUCGGCUCACUUGACAUGGCCAUGUUCAUUGAGGGUGAAUGGGGCGCUGAAGCGGGGAAUAUGCUAGUGACAGUAUGCGGAGAUUCCAAGUUUGAGAUGCGUGCCAGGCUGGCCAUUAGGGCUAGUCCUCACGAUAUAAAGUUCAGAACAUGUGUUUAUCUCCCAGACGAGACGUACAUGAGCAAGAUCUCGGCAUCACGGUAUAGAUAA